AUGGCGGGCGGGGGCGGGGGAGGGGGAGGGGGAGGGGGAGGCGCGACGCUGGCGGCGGCGAUGGCGCGGGCGGCGCCGGGGGCGGCGGCGAUCCCGGCGGGGGCGGUGGCGGCCGCGGAGGCCGCGGCGGACGAGGUGGUGCGGCGCGUGCGGCCCACGGAGGCCUCCGAGCGCCGCCGCGCCGGGGUCGUCGACUACGCGCGGAGGCUCCUCGGCGCCGCGCUCGGCUGCGAGGUCUUCGCUUAUGGAUCAGUUCCAUUGAAGACUUACCUUCCCGAUGGGGACAUUGAUUUAACAGUACUUGGGAAUACGUCUUAUGGUAGUACUCUAAUUGAUGAUAUCUACUACAUCCUUCAGUCAGAAGAGCAGAACAGUGAUGCUGAGUUUGAAGUAAAGGACUUGCAACUGAUCAAUGCUGAGGUCAGACUUAUUAAAUGCACUAUUGAAAAUAUUGUUGUUGACAUCUCAUUCAAUCAAACUGGUGGAAUCUGCGCGCUUUGCUUCCUUGAACUGGUUGACCGUAAAGUUGGAAAAAAACAUCUACUCAAAAGGAGCAUUAUACUAAUCAAGGCAUGGUGUUAUUAUGAAAGUCGUCUAUUAGGAGCUCAUCAUGGUCUAAUAUCAACUUACGCACUGGAAACUCUUAUUCUUUAUAUAUUCAAUCUAUUCCACAAAUCUCUCCAUGGCCCUCUAGAGGUUUUAUAUAGGUUUCUGGAGUAUUUCAGCAAGUUUGACUGGGACAACUAUUGCAUAAGUUUAAAUGGCCCUGUUGCAUUGUCGUCUUUGCCAAAUCAAAUUGUUGAAGCUAUAAAUACACCUGGUGGUGACUUGCUGUUUGACAAAGAGUUCCUCAAGAACUCAGUGCAAAAAACUUCUCCAAAAGAUACCAAUGCAUGCUAUAACGAAUUUCGUGCGAAAUAUCUAAACAUAAUUGAUCCACUAAAGGAGCACAACAAUCUUGGCAGGAGUGUGAACAGAGCCAGUUUUAAUCGUAUUCGGACUGCUUUCUCAUAUGGUGCUCAGAAGCUUGGUAAAGUUCUCUUGUUACAACCAGAACUUAUUCCUGACGAAAUUUAUGGAUUUUUCAAGAACACUUUGGAUAGGAUUGGAAGUGGAGUAAGGCCAGACAUUGACAGUGAAAUCUAUGAUGAUGCAUUUCAUUGUGAGCCUUCCUUUCGCACUGGCACUGGCAAGACACUGUGGGAGGAGAUGUCAAGCAUGAGAAUUUCCUGCAAGAAUCAAGAUGAGAAUAGUAGUCCUCACCAUUUUUCAAAGAUCUUAGUUAACAAAGGCUCAUAUGCCACAUUGAAUGCGCCUACACAUUUAGCUCAGCGUUUUCAUUCUGAUCACAUGAUAUCAUCAAGUACUGAUUUAAGUAUAAAUUCGUCCUGUUUUGUCCAUCACACACCAAAUCAAUAUCCAUUGUUUUCCCUUGGAAAUGGCAAUGGUGGCAGUGAACAGUACAUGUACCAUGGAAUGGUGGAGCAGGUAUCUUGCUGUACAGCUGAAACCUGCCAUGUGAAUGAAGAACCAUCAAUGCAUCCACAAGUUCAUCCAAACAAUAUAUUUUACUUAACUCUGAACAAUAAUUUGGGAUAUUCCAAAUCUGGUCCGUCAGACAAGAUGAUAACUGCACACCAUGAGGAAAGACAGAAUUUUCCUCCCCUAUCGAGCUUGGUGGAUCUAUCUGGUGACUUAGAUUUGCAAUUGAGAUGCCUCCGUCAAGUUCAGUAUCACCUAGAAUAUAUGUUUGAUGGGGUUUUGCAGUCUGUUCAAGAAACGUCUUCUGAUUUUACCGUUGUCAAGGAGUUGUUUGACACUCCAACUCUUAACAUCGUGUCUAACACUGAUGUUCUGCUACCAGGGCGGUUGUCUCCAUCUACUGAAACUGAUGAGAGGAGAUUAUCUCCAGUUUCUUCUUCUCAUAGCACGGAAGAUUUUUCACAGCAAUCACAGGAAGAGGACAACUGGGGUGUGGCAUGCCAGCAGAAUGUUUUAUCACCCUCUGGAAUAAUUGCUCUCUCCAAUGGUCUGCCAACACCAAGUUCUUCUUAUGCUGAUUCAGAAAAUUAUGUUCAAUGGUAUCACAGGUCAGAUGAUAUCCCCAGUAUGCAAGGAACAGUUCCACAUAUUUUCCAAAAGAACAUGGCAUCAUCGGGAGAGAACACCAAAACACUGAUCUCACGACCAGUGAGAGUUAAAAGCAUCCAAGCAUCGGUUCCAAAAGGAAUCUUUUUCACUUAUAAGGAGCAACUAGCAAAAGAAACUGCGAACAAAGACAUAAAGUUAAGCCAAGUUCAGGACAAUGAGCAUGAAUAUAUUGUCAGCAAUAAGAAGAUUGUGGGCAAUAAUUGUGAGACUUGCAUAGAAUAUAUUAAACCGGAAAAUGAAGCAAGCCAAAUACCAAGGCAUUACAAGCAUGUUCGCUCAAGCAAAAACUCAUCCGAGAAUAGAAUUUAUGAUACUGACAUGGGCUUUGCCCAAUCUGUUAGCACGAUGAAUCAAAUGCCAAAAUAUCAACCGCUGAAGAAUCAGGAUAUGCCAAAUGAGUGCAUCUGUCCUACCCGCAGCUUGACUAGAAACCAAAGCAAUGACAUCCGAAAAGAGUGUGAAGUAUUCAAUUGGCCAAGAAAACAAAUGCCAAGUGGUGAGCCCCAAAACAGUCUACGUGGCAGGGCUGGCUCAAACAAGAAAUUAGCUGCGAAACAAAUCAACAAUAAUCACAAGGAACACCUAUCUUUUGUAACGGAUACAGAGCAAAUGCCAGAAAACCAGGCCAACUCAAACAAAGAGGCUGAGAUUGUUGGCAAAUGCAGGCUAUCAUUGCCACCGGUACAGUUCUCUCAUCACAAUAAUAAUGGCAAAGGCCAAACUAUGCUUACAUCAUCUACCGUUCAUCCCUCGUUCCCUGUCACAAAAGGAUAUUCUCAAUCCGGUAGCCUGGAGAUACCACCGCUAGAUACUAUUGAGUUUGGAACUUUGGGGCCUAUUUCAUUGACACUUUCACCGAAGUCGAACAAGCCUCGUGACACACUUUCUACCAGUAAGACAUGUGCAGAUGCUGCUGCAUUGGCAUUGCAAAGCCAUCCAACCCAAAGCAGAUCACCAGGGUUUUACAAAGUGGGAGAUGAAGAACACUUCCCACCUCUCCGUGCUGGAACCCGCUGAGACUUGCAGUACAUACACAGGUGAUACAGUUGAUCAUAGGUUUAGAGAGAUAAAAGAGAAGAUCUAACAAGUAACAAGUUGAGCUAUUUUUCAUAUUGUUAAGAGCACAAAGGCGAGGAUUUUAGUAGCAUAUAUAUUCGUCCAUCUAAAUUCUGUCGAUCCCUUGUCCUCAAUUGUCUAUAGUUAGGCCAAAGAAUGCUAAUGAGUAGCAACUAAUUAUACCAUUGUAGUUCUUUUACCUUAAGGUUAACUUGAAUGAAGAAAAUAUCGGGGGAAUAUAUUAGGUUAA